AUGCCCUAUCUGAAUUUCGAAAAUCUCAAACGUGGGCCCAGCAUCUCGAAAUUUAUUUUUAAUGUCCUGUCUCACCUCGAUAACAAAACACAUGUUUCUUCGGUCAAUCUCGUUCUUGGGAAAAGUGUCAGGGAUAAUGAAUCUGUAAGAAAAAUUCUCAACUACGCAUUCUCUCACAAUGUCCAACAACUCAGUGUUGGACUUGGACAUUGUGUUACCCGCUUGCGGGGUGGGAAAAUGGUUAAACUCCCAUUUUCAUUUUCCUCUAUUCCAACACCAACAUUGGACCCGGACCUCCCACUCCCAACUUUAACAACCUUGCAUUUUCACAAUGUCAAACUGUCUCAUUACAGUGACAUUGAUCUUUUCUCCAAGUGCACCAACUUGAAGAACCUUUGCUUAACAGGAUGCAGAAUGGAGAGAACCAAUGUGUUAAAUAUUUGUCAUCCUCGACUUUCUAAUCUUACACUUGAAAAUACACCCCUGGAUAUGAGUUUUAAUGAGGUUGUGAAUGUGGUUGCACCUCAACUCAAGAAUCUCACUAUUAAAUGCUCUGUAGUGUCAAGCUUCUUAAACUUAACUUGGGGAUUCUCCAGCGUCUUUUUUCAGAAACUUGCGUGUUGCCCAACGCAAAGAUAUUAA